AUGCCCAUAUGUAUCGAAUGUCGGUACCCUGUUAGCAGUCUGUACACCACAUACAGCAAGGCAGAUGACCGUACGCUGGGCAAAGGUGUUCGCUUGACCCAGUGUCCUCGAUGCAAGCGUUUCGCAGACAAAUAUGUCGAACAUGAUUUUGUUGUUCUGUUCAUUGAUCUGGUCCUGAUCAAACCUCAGGUCUAUCGCCAUCUUCUGUUCAACCGUCUAGGUCGGGAAGGUGGCCGCUUCCACCCGUCUAUAAUACGUCUCGGUGUCCUACUGCUGCUAUUCGACGUCUACCUCACAUGGGCUCGCGUCGAAGAAGCCAUGCCUUCGCCUUCAGCCUCGGAUACUGUAUCAAUGCCAACCCCUCUGGAUCCUUUCGCCCAUCCGACCAGCAAUGCGACGGGUAGCACAUUGGGUCUGUCGCCAACGUCCAAUUUCCUUAACGAGCAGCCUAUCAUUCUGCAAUACGUCUUCUUCCUUGUACUUUGUGCCUUGGAGACGAUAUCGUUCCACCUUCCCAUUCGCACACUCUUGUCUCUGCGCCUGCCGCGGCCUCUAUCCUAUCUUAUUCCCCACUAUCCGCAUCCUGCUGUCAUAAGCACAGCACUUCUGGUAUCUAGCUUUACAAAGCUCUUUCCGUUGUUGCUGUUGAUUUGGAAGUAUGAUUUGCCGAGUAGUGCGAGCGCCGUCUCCUGGGCCGUCAUCAUCAACAAUGUUGCGGCUUUGGAGAUAUUGCUCGAGUGUGGUGUUAUCAGGGCUGCUAUACUUGCAGCAGUCGGAGCCGUUUUUCGAGCAGGGAUCGGUUGGGGCAUCUUGAGAGCUGCUGGCGUAGGAUCAGGUGUAGCAGCUGCAGGUGUGGUCGAGACAGGCGAUCUACUUGAGUUAUGGAAGCGACUUGCGUUGCAUGUAGGUAUCGGGCAAUGA